AUGCCAGAGGAUUUUAAGAAACAGUUUCCGUCAACUCGAGUGAUACUGGAUGCCACGGAAAUACCUAUCCAGAAGCCAUCCAAUGUUCAGGCACAGAGUGCAACCUUUUCUACAUACAAAAACAAGAACACACUGAAAACCAUGAUUGGUUGUACACCACGUGGUUUAAUUUCGUAUGUCAGCAGUAGCUAUGGAGGUGCAGCAAGUGACCGUCAAAUUAUUGAGCGAAGUGAAUUAUGUACAAACACUGAUCAGUUUUUUGAUAAAAAGGAUAGUAUAAUGGCAGAUCGUGGAAUCAUGGUUCAAGACUUAUUCGCAGCAAAAGAUGUCUUUGUAAAUACAUCUACCAUGCUAAAAGGGAAAUCGCAGCUGGAACCUGUGGAAGUAGUUCACGACAGAAGAAUUGCAUCAAAGCGAAUCCACAUAGAACGUGUGAUCGGCCUUGGCAAAACUUUCAAAAUUUUAAAAAGAGACUUGCCACAUACUAAAGUUGUCAUGGGGGAAAGAAUCAUGUUCAUCUGUUUCAGCAUUAACAACUUUAGAAAUUGCAUUGUGGGAUUACUUGCAUAA